UCUGUCAUUUUCUCCUGCAGCAACAAGAAACACGGAACGGAGAGUGUGUGUUGGUUGCUUGCUGGAUGUUCGUUUCGGUUCCUAAUCUAAUAAACGCAUUAGAACCUGUAUAUCGUGUGCACCUGGCUGCUUUCGAGUGCAAUUUGGUCGUCUUGCGGAUUGCUGCUACCGCAAAUGUGGUGUCGUAGUGCGAACAGGAAGUGUGCAUUUGAUGACCGUACAAGGUGAAAUAAAAACAUCCGCGAAUAUCACGCGUUGCGAAUGUCAAGGAAGAGCAAGCAAAUAUAUUAGUAAUUUCCAAGAACUCAGAAGGCCACACAAUCUGGUUGAAAAAGAGGAAAAAAAGGUGCAAAAUUAGUGCAGUGCUGGGCACUAGCGUUCAGGAUAUCCACAAAAAGGCAUUGUUCCGGAUUCACAAUAGAGAACAACCGUAACAAGAUGGCAGACUGUGAUUCGGAUAUGGAAUAUAUGUCGGAUAAUGAUUACGAAUUUGAGGAUUACUACAAUUCAGGCCUAGAAGAUUGUGAUAUCGACCAGAUCGAUCCGAAGCACACCGACCCGGAGUAUUUCGUGUACGAGUGCCUCAAUGUGGAGGAAGUCGAGAAGCUACUGAACGAAUCGGUUGAGAAACUCAGCAACCAGCUCCAAAUCACCCCAUCCCUGGCGAAGGUGCUGCUGCACGAAAAUAAAUGGAACACUACCGAUGUGGUGGAAAAAUAUCGCAACAACGCAUCCAGUCUUUUGAUCAGCGCACGCAUCAAAGCUGCACCAGCAGCAAUCGCGUCCACCUCAUCGGCACCCAUCUCAAGUGUAGCAAGUUCUGCAGCCUGUGGUGCAUCAGCAGUGGCAGUCGUUCCUUGCACUAGUAGUGUGAGAGGGCAACCAAUUACAGCACCAUCUCAGCUGUAUCGAACCCACAUUUGUCCGGUUUGCGUUACCGUCCAAGCGGUUGAAAAAUUUCACCAUCUCUCCUGCCAACAUUCGUUUUGCCGAGACUGCUGGGCAAUGCAUUUCGAGAUUCAAAUAGACCAAGGAAUAACGACCCAAAUUGGUUGCAUGGAACAGCGAUGCGAGGUACGCGUGCCGGAGGACCUGGUACUUAAUCUGCUGAAUAAGCCAAUGGUACGUGAGCGAUAUCAGCAGUUUGCUUUUGCUGAUUACGUCAAAUCACACCCGGAAUUGCGGUUUUGUCCCGGUCUCAAUUGCAAGAUUAUUAUUCGCAGCACAGACAUAAGCCCCAAAAAGGCUACCUGCAAAUCCUGCAAAUCUGCGUUUUGCUUCAAAUGUGGAUCUAUUUAUCACGCCCCAACUGACUGUCAAAUCAUCCGCAAGUGGCUCACCAAAUGUGCCGAUGAUAGUGAAACGGCCAAUUACAUCAGUGCCCACACGAAGGACUGCCCGAAAUGUCACAUAUGCAUAGAGAAAAACGGUGGCUGUAAUCACAUGCAGUGUUUCAGCUGUAAGUAUGAGUUUUGUUGGAUGUGCUUGGGGAACUGGAAAGCACACGGGUCGGAAUAUUACGAGUGUUCCCGAUACAAGGAGAAUCCCAACAUUGCUCACGAAUCGGUGCAUGUUCAGGCACGCGAAGCUCUCAAAAAGUACCUUCACUACUACGAACGUUGGGAGAACCAUUCGAAAUCGCUCGAACUGGAACAGCAAACCCUGGACCGUAUGAAGGCUCGCAUCAACGAUAAAGUAAUGAAUGGUCUUGGAACCUGGAUCGAUUGGCAGUAUCUGUUCGAUGCUGCUGCUUUGUUGGCAAAGUGUAGAUAUACACUUCAGUACACCUAUCCAUACGCUUACUACAUGGAAGCUAGUUCUCGGAAAGAUCUCUUCGAGUAUCAACAGGCUCAACUCGAGGCAGAGAUUGAAAAUUUGUCGUGGAAAAUAGAACGCGCAGAGACGACCCACCGUGCUGCCCUUGAAAAUCAAAUGGACGUUGCUGAAAAACGAAGGACCACAUUGCUUAAAGACUUUUUCACAACCGAAGCGUGAGACUCCGGCCAGGCAAUGAAGCGGGAGCUGUCAUCUACCCAAAUUAGUGCAGUGGAGAUGACGACAAACAAACUGAGAUAUUAAUCCCUCUACCACCCACCUUGCUGUAACCCCUGACGAUGGGGUUUCACAGCCUAUAGCAUAUAUAAACCGUCAGACAAACAAUCUUGAUCUUGUUGCGAAUAUUUUAUCUCUUCUAGUAGCAAUAUUCAACCCCGCUACUGGAGUAGCAAUAUCGUUUUUAUUUACCUCACAUUCAUUGCCGGCGGUCUGAGAUUCAUUCUUAUACUAUCCCUAGAUAAUGUAGAUAAUUUCCAUAAGUUGAAAAUCUAUUUUCAAAAUUUGAUAUUCAUGCAAUUGCACCAAAUGACCUCUAAAGUAUGAACAAUUAUGUCGGUUUAAGUAAGAGUCAUCAGUGGGCUCCGUGUGUAGACAACAUUCGCCACAGUUAAGGUGAAUUCAUUCUAAACUAAAAUAACUAUAGGUUGAUUUUACCAUCUGCAAUAGAAAAAAAAAUAGCUCCGCAGAAACGAUUCUAUUAGCGUAUCGGUCAUUUAUACAUUUGUAUUAAGAAGUAUAAAUAAAGUCAACUCUCGGAGAUACAGAGAGUUAUACGUCGCAA